UUGCACACCUCUAAAAAAACACUGCUCUGAUUUAUAAAUAUAAAAAGAUCCUCUGAGGAGGGCACUUUUUUUGUGAUGGCAACUUCACUUGUAGGGGUGAGUCUGUGGAUUUUCUUGCUGGUUUAAUUAGUUAUUUUAUUGUCCAUUGGAGGGAUAAAGUAACCCCGGUCAGAGAAGGGCAGUCAGUCUCUUGAUUACGUUUUAAGCAAGCGGGUCUAGAAAGAAAGGGGUCGUGUUACUUCUAGGAUAGCAACGACUUUAAGUGAAUUUUAUACCAACUGCAUACUGCCGGACCCGAGACCUGUUGCAUUUCAAGAGAGAGAACUUAAUUGUGAUAUCUUAAGUUUUCGUCAUAUUUUUGUUUUCCUAUUUUCGAGUUCUACAGGAAGAGCCGAGGUUAGGAUCGACACCAUUAGCCAUGUUAGCAGCUACCUGUAACAAGAUCGGCAGUCCAAGCCCUUCGCCAUCCUCUAUUUCGGAUAGUUCCUCGUUUGGGAAAGGAUUUCAUCCCUGGAAAAGAUCCACUGCAAGCAGUUGCAGUUUGGGCUCCAGUCUCUCCAGUUUUGGGGUCUCUGCAGCACCUCGGAACGGAUCCGGUCUGUGCGACUCAUUCGGAGCAAACAGCUCUUCAGGAUCCAGUGCCUUUUCCUUGACUUCAAGCAAUUCGUCCAACUCUCCCUUUGCUAACGAGUACUCUGUUUUUCAGGCUUCUGUUUCAAACAGUUCACAAGAGCCAAGCCACCAGCCUGUUUUUAUUUCCAAGGUACAUACUUCAGUAGACAGCUUGCAAGGUAUAUAUCCCAGGAUGAGCGUGGCGCACCCGUACGAUUCCUGGUUCAAAUCCUCCCACCCGGGCAUACCUUCUGGAGACGUUGGUGGCACGGGCGCUUCUGCCUGGUGGGAUGUGGGCACAGGCUGGAUUGAUGUGCAGAACCCCAACGGGGCAGCGCUGCAGAGUUCCUUGCACUCCGGUGGACUCCAGACUUCCCUGCACUCUCCUUUGGGAAGCUACAACUCCGAUUAUUCUGGCUUGAGUCACUCUGCUUUCAGCACCAGCGCUUCUCCUCACCUCCUAACUACCGGUCAGCACCUGAUGGACGGAUUUAAACCUGUUUUGCCAGCUGCUUAUCCAGACUCUAAUCCCUCGCCUUUAGUAGGUGCGGGGUGCACAAUGUUGGCGGGAGGUCCCACGUCUGCUCUGGCUGGAUCUCCGCGAUCCUCAGCCCGCCGUUACUCAGGCAGAGCCACUUGUGAUUGCCCAAACUGUCAAGAGGCAGAGAGACUGGGGCCAGCCGGGGCGAGCCUCCGAAGGAAAGGGCUACACAGCUGUCAUAUUCCCGGCUGCGGGAAGGUGUAUGGCAAAACGUCCCAUCUCAAAGCGCACUUAAGAUGGCACACAGGAGAAAGACCUUUCGUCUGCAACUGGCUGUUUUGCGGAAAGAGAUUCACGAGAUCUGACGAGCUCCAGCGGCACUUGCGCACCCACACCGGAGAGAAGAGGUUUGCAUGUCCAGUCUGCAACAAACGAUUCAUGCGAAGCGACCACCUCAGCAAGCAUGUAAAAACCCAUAGCGCCGGAGGAGGGGGAUCUGCCGGGUCAGGCUCCGGGGGCAGCGGGGGGAAAAAGGGAAGUGAUACUGACAGCGAGCAUAGUACCCCAGGCAGCCCACGCUGUCAUUCACCGGACAUGAUACAGACCCCAGAUUCGGUCCAGGCAUCAGGAAUGAACGGCCACAAUAACUCCAUUGAAUAAAUGGGGAGAGACUAAAUGAAAAAAAAAAAUACUUGAAAAACCCUUGUAUAAAAGAUGUACAUAAGUAGAAAAGUACGUGUUGUAUCCCGACUUGAUGGGCGAAAAGUGACACUAGUUUGUAAUUUAGUCCCAGAAAUAUGGUGAUGACAAUAAUAAUAAUAAUAAUAAUAAUAAUAAUAAUAAUAAUAAUAAUAAUAAUAAUAAUAAUAAUAAUAAAGCAACAAUUUGGUGGUAGAUAAAUACGCUGAUUAUAAAACAAAAAUAUUUAUAUGGGUUAAAAUUCCACAUUCAUACACUGCUUUAUAGCUUAAAAGAACAAGUGGUUAGUGUAAAAUAUAGACUGAGAAAAAACCCUACAGUGGGCAAAGAUACCCGUUGAUUAAGUAUGACAAUGGCAUGGUCUUGCUAGUAAAACUUUUUUAAAAUAUAGUAUAGCAUAACCAUUUUUAAUAAAAGUAAACAGAAAAUUGCAGUGUAAUAUUGUUCACAUAUAUAUGAUACAGAGUACUGAACAAGCGGUAUAUUUGUGAAAGAGUAUGUGUCAUUUUUUGCUCAUGUAUUUUCCAUACUUACAUUGGACAUAAACUCUUGUUUGAUUAAUUACAACAUAUUAAACAAAGAUAAGUUUCUGCACCAAGAAUGUAACACUGGAACAUAUUCUAGAGUAGUAUAUUAUUUUACAGCACCAAUGUAAAGGCGUGACAUGUAUUUGUAUAGUAUGUUCUUGUAAAUGGGGUCUAGUUAAUAUCUGAAAAUAUAUUGGGUACAUUUUUUUUGUUGUCAAUAGCAUUGACAAAGUUAUUGGUGCAGUCCUAUAACUAUAAGCUGGACUUGAAUCUCGAAGUGCAUAUCAAGACGCACUUUGCGGGUUUAUUUCUUGAUUCUAAGUUUAGAAAAUAUAAAAAUGUAAUAAGCAGAGACAUAUUUGGUAAAUGUUGAAUGGCAUUUUUAUUUAAUUGAGCAUGUGUCUGUUUACUGAAUAUGUGGACAGUCCGGAUAUAGUUUGAGAUUUCUCAUAUAUUUCAUAACAAUCGUGCUUUUAAUACGAAGCUCUGAUAAUAAAGUCAAAUUGAAUCUAAACAAAGUCUCGGAUUAUUUUCCUUUAAAUCCUAAUAUUUGUAAGUUACACUCUAAACGUCUUUAACAAUUAUAAUAAUUGAGCUAUUAUAGUAAUGGCAAUAUAUUUAGGAUAUAUACAAGGAAUGACCUCUUCUUCACCUUCUUCACCUUCUUCUUCUUCUUCUUCUUCUUCUUCUUCUUCUUCUUCUUCUUCUUCUUCUUCUUCUUCUUCUUCUAAUACUUAUUAUUAUUAUUAUUAUUAUUAUUAUUAUUAUUAUUAUUAUUAUUAUUAUUACAUCUUAUGUAUUAUUUUGUUUAAGUAAGUGAUAAGUGCUAUUAUUGUCAGACUAAAUACAAUGUACUUGUUUCAUUUUCAAACAGUUGGCUCCAAAAAAAUAAAACGAAAACAGCUGCAUGUUAUAAACCAGCGUUAACGCACACAUUUAAUUCAGUAAGAUAUCGGUGGAGAUAAUGGCUGCUGUGUUCGCUAUGUAUUGUAUUUAUUACCGUCUAAAUUAACCAAACCAAUUUGUAUGUUAAAUUCCAGCUAUCAAUCUAAAGUAACUCGAUAGCUCAACUGGCUUUGAUUUUUAUUUAGGGCAGGGCGCUAGUUUCAAAAGGUUUGUGCAAGUCAAAGUAGAAUUUCAAAGGCAUGGAUUUUCUUUGAAAAGGUGGUAGGAAGUCAUUUAAAUAUCUUUACCUGUGAUCGUAAAAAAAAAAAAAAAAAAAAAAAUAUUCAGAGCUGCCCAUAGUCAGUAGGCCAUUUAUUUACUUAUAUUGGGCCGCUUCUGAAAUAAUUGUCACUAGCAAAUGGAACUGGCUUCCAAAUCGACUUUAAUAGAAGGUUCUGAAUUGCAUUGCUGUCUGUUAAUAGUAGUCAAAUGUACUCCUUCGUAAAAUAAACUAUACCACCUUAAACUCAUUUCACCAUUGAAGACACUGAGAGAGACUUCCGUAACUGAAAGUUUGUGAGAUAAUUUGACCAAGUUUCUUUUGGUAUCACUGUACCCAAUAUUACCUGCAAAAUGAUAGCAGUUGUAUCGAGUAAACAAACGUAAGCAGCGAUUAGCUACUGCAUUUUAUAAUGACUUUUUUAUGUUAAGAUAAUGAGGUUUAAGGUUUUCCUUUACCGUAUUACGGUGUGUGUGUGUAUGUGUAUUUACCUCUAAAUUUAACGUUUUAAAGUCUGAAACUUACUUUAAAUUAAUUCAAUUAAAAGCUACUCCUCUACUUUUCCGAGGUUUUGUGACGCAAAGGGUGUGUUUAUUAUAGUCUGAAGAAUUAGUUCUUACAUGACAGCGCAUUCCGCAACAUUUAUUAGAGGACGUUUUUAUUCGUUUUAACAUGUUUAACAAUGAGAAGCCAUUUAAACCAUACCAGCAACAGUACAGCUACUUAUCCUUUCUGUAACCAAUAUAUCAUAAUUAUUGUGAACCACCGAAUGCAUUUACUAAUUUCAUCUUAUCCUACAUGACUGUACUUCAUAGAGCGUCUGAGAAAUUCAAUGAGUUUAAUAUUCACACUCAAGAGAAUGUUAAAAAUAAGAUUUUUUUUUUGUAUUGUUUUGUUUUUUUGUAACACAAACGGUGCUAUUCUUAAUCACAUAUUUUUUUUUAAAAAAAAAACAUAAAUUAACUAACAUUAUAAGCAUCCCUCGCUAAUUCUACAAAGUAUAAAACAGAAUCGCAACUCCCCAGUGACCAUAGAUUUGCCACAACAGUGGUCCAACAGUUUACUAGACAAUGUAAUGGAUACACAGCUUGUCGAAGCAUUGCAUCUCAACCAUGCUGACAUCCGUUACUCACAGGGAGAAAGGUUGUUGCGGGUUCCAGAAUACGGCGUUUUUCAGCUGCCUGUAUAAGGUAGGCCCUAUGUCAAAUCAAUAAAUACGCUUAGGUUACGAUAGUUUCAACCAACAAGCAGACUGUCACUCAAAAGGAAUUCGAAAGCAGGAAAGUGUAUAUGUUAUGCCAUAUAUGACAGUUUUGUGUAUUUAAAUUAAUGUAACUUUUUCUUUUUGUAGGAAAAUUGUACGAUUUGAAGGUAAAUGGCCGUGCACCAUUAAUGUUUGUAUCAUUUGUAUGGUUUUAAAUGAAAUGCUACAGGUUAAUAUAUUUGAGUUUCCUUCUACAGAAAGUACACAUUAUUAUGUAUAUGAUGUAUAUAAAUAUAAAUCAGGAGUAAUGUAGCGUAACAGACUGAUCUUUUUUUUUUUUUUUUUUUACUUCUAUACAUUUGUCAGUUUACUGUGUAUAGUAAAUAUAUACUGUUUCACGUCGUAAUUUCCCGUAAUUUUACUGCAUUUAACUGUGAAAACGGGGCAGGGUACUGAUCAAAAUUGAUUUCUAAAUGUAGGUUUGUAAAUGCAACAACAACAUCAACAACAAUAAUAAUAGUUAUAACAAUAUUGUUAUAAUAAUAAUAAUAAUAAUAAUAAUAAUAAUAAUAAUAAUAAUUAUUAUUAUUAUUAUUUCAAACUAUACGGUAACAACGAAACUAUAUGUUAACAACGAAACAAAGGAGAAUGUUUUAGUCAACCGGUGUCACGUCAGUAUAAUAAAACAUGAAUAUCACAAACAAUAUUAUUUAAACUGGAGAUGUUUUUUUUUUUUUUUUAAACCCUAUCUAAUAGGGGAAAAUAAAA